AUGGAUCUUCCUUUCCGCGCGAAAUGGGCUCUGCCCCCUCCACCUGUUGUGCUCCUACUCGGACAGACGGACAUAUCGGCGCCAACUUUCCCCACCCCCCUCAUGCAUGAAGACCUGGAUUUGGGUCCUCCGCUUGCAUUCACGGACAAGGCCAUCAGCAAAGCGCCCAAGGUGGUGGACAAGAAGGCCAAGACUGUUACUUUCGACUCGUCCCCGAAACCCUCCGCUUGGGUUUACCCUCCGAGUGCGAACUCUGAUUCGGAUAGUGGAUCGGAUACGACGGCAUCGAUCUCGUUCAUGAUUCCUCUGGGUGGUCCCUCUCACGUCCGGGACUCAGACUUUCCGCUCUUGACUGGUUGGACGCAGGCUUUCAUCGACCAGUUCCAGACUGAUGUCGAAAGUCUCGCUCAACGCAAGUUUCAUCCCAAGCUUUCCUUGAAAGACCAGGAUCCAAAGAUCAAGGCCCAAGUCGUGGCGGAGAUUCUCAAGAAGUACCCCAUUGUCGACAAGUUCAUUGACCACUGGCCUCUUGAGAAGGUUCUUAUCAGAAUUUGCAAGAACUCGGCGGCGAAAUGGAGAAGGUAG